AUGGCUGCUAUUAAUCAUUAUCCGCUCCAUCAGUUGGAUAUUAAAAAUUCCUUUUUAUACAGAGAAUCAGAGGAGGAAAUGUAUAUGGAUAAAGUUCCGGGUUUUACUGUUCUUCGCAAUUCAAGACUUGUUUGUCGGUUUCAUUGCUCUCUUUAUGGGCUGAAACAAUCUCCACAUGCUUGGUUUGGUCACUUCAAAUCUGCCUUGAUACAGUUUGGUAUGACUAGAUGUGAAGCAGAUCACUCUGUUUUCUUCCUUCAUUCCUCCACUGGUCAACGCAUCUUUCUUGUGGUCUAUGUUAAUGACAUUGUUAUCACUGGAGACGAUACAAAAGUGAGCAUGGUGAGCCAAUUCCUAAGCGCACCUUGUAAUACUCAUUGGAAUGCAGUUAUUCGGGUUCUUAGAUAUAUAAAGAAUGCACCAGGAACAUGCCUACUAUAUGAAGAUAAGGGUGAUGCUAAAAUCACUUGUUAUUCAGAUGCAGACUGGGUAGGAUCACACUCGGAUAUGAGAUCCACUUAUGGGUAUUAUAUUCUUAUUAGAGAAAAUAUGAUCUCAUGGAGGAGCAAUAAACAAAACACAUUUGCACUAUCUAGUGCUGAAGCUGAAUAUCAUGCUCUGGUAGAAGCAUCAAAGGAACUUGCAUGA